CAGGUCCAUUAGCCGGGUGGUCCCGGGUGGCGUAUAUUGUUUGGUCUAAAGUGUCAGUGGCACACAUCCUCAACAUUGUGCUUUCGGAAGCUUUUCCAUGAUGCAUUUAUUCUCGGCCUUCGACAGCGGUAUACGAACAGAAGCGGCCGGCUGGCAUCCUCUCCCGGCGUCCAGGCAGGUGCGGCCCCCCGGCAGGAUAAACAUGAACCAGAAGAUACUGAAAGUGGAGAACUUGCUACGAUUUCACACUAUUUGUAGGCAGCUGCACAGCCUGGGUCAAAGAAGAAUAUUAGCACAGUGGAAGCAUGUGUUUUCAUCUGCUUACCCAGUGUGGAUGGCUCAGCUGUACGCUUGGCCCUGGCAAACAGACGUGCUCUUUGGUGCUGCUUUAUCUCAGUAUAGGCUUCUAGUAACAAAAAAGGAAGAAAGAUCACGGAAAUCUCAGUUGUCUUCAACAAAAUCUAAAAAAGAGGUAGAGGUGUGGAUUGGAAUGACUGUUGAGGAGCUGGCCAGAGCAAUGGAAAAAGACGUAGAUUGUAUUUAUGAAGCUUUAAUGAAUACUGCUAUGGACAUAGAUUCCCUAGAAGCAGACUCACAUUUAGAUGAAGUCUGGAUCAAAGAAGUGAUAAAGAAGGCAGGGAUGAAGUUAAAAUGGAGCAAAUUAAAACAGGACAAAGUCAGAGAAAAUAAAGAUGCUGUGAGAAGGCCCCAUGCAGAUCCAGCUUUAUUAACCCCAAGGUCCCCAGUUGUUACUAUAAUGGGCCAUGUUGAUCAUGGGAAAACAACGUUACUUGACAAACUGCGAAAAACUCAAGUGGCAGCAACGGAAGCUGGAGGCAUCACUCAACACAUUGGUGCCUUUCUUGUCUCUCUGCCUUCAGGGGAAAAGAUAACCUUUCUUGAUACUCCAGGACAUGCUGCUUUCUCAGCAAUGAGAGCCAGAGGUGCUCAGGUCACUGACAUUGUCAUAUUGGUAGUAGCUGCAGAUGAUGGUGUGAUGAAACAAACUGUAGAAUCUAUUCAGCAUGCCAAAGAUGCUCAAGUGCCAAUUGUCCUUGCCAUAAACAAAUGUGACAAAGCUGAGGCUGAUCCUGAAAAAGUGAAAAAAGAACUGCUAGCUUAUGAUGUGGUGUGUGAGGAUUAUGGAGGCGACGUUCAAGCAGUGCAUGUCUCUGCACUUACGGGUGAUAAUCUGAUGGCUUUGGCAGAGGCAACAGUUACUCUUGCGGAAAUGUUAGAAUUGAAAGCAGAGCCCACUGGUCCAGUGGAAGGAACGGUAAUAGAAUCUUUCACAGACAAAGGAAGAGGUCCUGUUACUACAGCAAUAAUUCAAAGAGGAACUUUGAAAAAAGGCUCAGUUCUGGUUGCUGGAAAGAGUUGGGCAAAAGUACGCUCAAUGUUUGAUGAAAAUGGAAAAACAAUUAAUGAGGCCAGUCCCAGCAUGCCUGUGGGAAUUAUAGGCUGGAGAGACCUCCCUUCUGCAGGAGAUGAAAUUCUUGAAGUAGAAUCUGAGCCAAGGGCACGUGAAGUUAUUAAUUGGAGGAAGUAUGAGCAAGAACAGGAGAAAAAUAAAGAGAAUCUGAAAAUAAUAGAAGAAAAGCGAAAGGAGCACCAAGAAGCACAUCGGAAAGCCCGUGAGAAGUAUGGUACUUUGCACUGGAAGGAGAGAUCGUUUAUAAAGUACCAAGAAAAGAAGGAACAAAAACCCUUAAAGCUUAAAGAGAAAGCAGAAAGAGAUUCACAUGUACUUCCUAUAAUUAUUAAAGGUGAUGUUGAUGGUUCCGUUGAGGCCAUUUUGAACAUUAUGGAUACCUAUGAUGCUUCACAUGAGUGUGAACUAGAAUUAGUACAUUUUGGUGUGGGUGAUAUUAGUGAAAAUGAUGUUAACCUUGCUGAAACUUUUCAUGGUGUUAUAUAUGGCUUCAAUGUGAAUGCAGGCAAUGUUAUCGAGCAGUCAGCUGUAAAAAAAGGAGUAAAAAUUAAACUUCACAAAAUCAUUUACCAUCUUAUUGAAGAUUUGCAGGAGGAAUUGAGCAGCAGAUUGCCCUACACUGUGAAAGAACAUAUAAUAGGUGAGGCUUCUGUACUUGCUACCUUCUCCGUAACAGAAGGGAAGAAAAAAGUUCCUGUGGCUGGAUGCAGAGUCCAAAAGGGACAGUUAGAAAAACAAAAAAAAUUUAAAUUAAUCCGUAACAGACAAGUUAUUUGGAAGGGCACACUGACCUCACUGAAGCAUCAUAAAGAUGACAUUUCAAUUAUCAAAACUGGAAUGGAUUGUGGCCUCAGUUUGGAUGAAGAAAAGAUAGAAUUUAAAGUGGGAGAUGAAAUUGUUUGUUAUGAAGAAAAGGAAGUUCUAACCAAGACCUCUUGGGAUCCAGGAUUUUAAUAUUAUUAAGAAUGUAAAAGAUUAAAUGUCUUGCUUUAUUAUAGAGCAACUAAUACAGUUUUGCUUUAUUAAAGGUUCACCUCUACUGGUCAAAAACUA